AUGCAGAACGUGGACCAGGCACGGCUGGAGCAAUGGAGACGGGAUCCAAAGGCGGCGACCUCCUUCCUGGCUGGCGCAAAGGCCUCCGUGGUCAUGGAACUGUUGCCCCAGAUGGUCCACAGCCAGAUUCAAGUGAAUGCCUUCCACUGCAGUGCAGCCUUGUCUGCUUGUGAGAAGAAGAGUGUGUGGACAUCCUGCCUGCACAUCUUGGAUUUCAUGAAAACCUGGAGAGUGGCUCCGAAUGAGAUCCACUACAGCGUUGCCAUGAAGGCCCUCCGACCUGAGAGUCAUUGGCGUCAAGGUCUUCACUUGCUGAGCAGUGUCGUUACUGCGCCGAAUGCGGUGCAUGCUUCAUUGGCCCUGGGUUCUUGCCCCUCCUGGCCCCAAGCGCUGCGGGUGAUGCAGGUCAUGCGCGAGCUACGGCUGCAGAGCUCAUCCAUCACCUUCAGCGUGGCCAUCAGCACCUGCCAGGCAUCAGAUGCUCAGCAGCCUGGUUUGGCCGGACCAGAUGUGCUACAGCGCUGUGUCUUGGCCCAUUUGCUCACGUUGAGGUCUAAGGGGAAGGCUGGAAAGGGCGCCAGGGAAAAAGCGGGGCCAGGCCAUGAACGCAUUCUGAAGCCUAAGGUCGGCUGCGGGCCGGGCUCCAUCACUCGCGGCUUCGCCUCCCGCGUCAGCUCCGUCGUGGGCGUCGACAGCAGUGCGGAGGUCAUUGCCACGGCCAAGGCGAAGGCAGCAGAACGGGACAGCGAGGAGCGGACGGGGUCUGUGACCUUUGAGGUGGCCAGUGCCUAUGAAUUGCCUUAUGAGGAUGAGACCUUCGAUGUCGUCUUCGCACAUCAGCUGCUGCAACACCUCUCCGAACCGCUCCGCGCGCUGCAGGAGAUGAGGCGUGUAUGCAAGGCGGGCGGCUUGGUGGCAGCUCGAGAGGUGGCCUAUUCCACCAUGCAAGGAGCGCCGGUGUUGCCGGGUCUUCACCGAUGGAGAGAGGUCUAUAUGAUGACGGCUCAGAGGAAUGGAGGGGAACCAGAUGCUGGGCUUUAUUUGAAGAAGUGGAUGAACUCAGCGGGUUUCACCAGCCUUCGCUUCACCACGUCCACCGUUACCCACUCCGACUCCGGCACCGAUGCCGCGGCCGCGAAGCGCUUCUUCGGAGAGUCCUGGGCCACGCGGACGCUGGAGACCUUCGGACCGCAGGCAGUGGCCUUCGGUUUUUGCAGCGCGGGGGAACUGGACGAGAUGGCAGCUGCCUGGAGAAGCUGGGCUCAGGAGAAGCUGUUCCGCGAUCGAUUGCUUUGGAAGUGCUUGGAUGAUGGCACAUGCGCUGCCUGGCAUGCGGCCACCUGCUGGCUGCAGCGCAUGCAACAGACACAGCUUCGAGUCGAUCCGAUCAGCUUCUCUGCCGCCAUCGGCGCUUGCAGCAAGUGCCAAGAAUGGCGGGAGGUUUUGAAUUUGCUGACGGCGCUCGGCACCGGCGGGAUGCGCGCCGACCGGGCGCUGCGCAACGCCGCGGCGCCGGGGCGCUGGCGCUGGGCGCUGAGCGAAGUGCUCACGUCGCGGGUGGUCGAGGAGGCGCCUGAUGAGGUGACCUUCCGCGCUCUUUUGGCCGGUUGCUUCUGGAGCGACGCACUGCACCUGCUGCAGCAGAUGACCCGUGAUCGGUGCUCUCCAAACGCGAUUUGCCUCAGUAGCUGCAUCAACGCGUGCGAUCCCACAGUUUGGCCUCAGGCCAUUGGCUUGCUGUCAGGCACCUUGGCGGUGCCCAAUGCUGCUUGGUUUUCAAUGCCCGUCUUCAAGCGGGGCUUGGAUGCCGGCAGGAUAAAAGAAGUCCCCCCAACCGUGGUAGACCUUGUGGGCAGAAGAAGGGAUUCAUGA